GCCCUGCGCGCCUUCCCUCCUGCGCUCGCCGGCCUCUCCUGCCUCUUAGAACCUUCCUGCGGUCGUGGUCGCAUCUCGCUGCUGCAGCCUCCGGGGCCACGUUCCAUCCUUUCAUCCUGAGACCAGCCCAGAAAGAAAAAUAAUUAUCUUUUCUUGCUCGGUACCUAUCUUAAAGCCAUGAGGGAAAUCGUGCACAUCCAAGCCGGACAGUGUGGCAACCAGAUCGGUGCUAAGUUCUGGGAGGUGAUAAGCGAUGAACACGGCAUCGACCCCACCGGUACCUACCACGGAGACAGCGACCUGCAGCUGGACCGAAUCUCCGUCUACUACAAUGAAGCCACAGGUGGCAAGUAUGUUCCUCGAGCUAUCUUGGUGGAUCUAGAACCCGGGACCAUGGACUCUGUUCGAUCGGGUCCUUUUGGCCAGAUCUUCAGACCAGACAACUUUGUUUUUGGUCAGUCUGGGGCAGGCAACAACUGGGCUAAGGGGCACUACACAGAGGGAGCUGAGCUGGUCGACUCCGUCCUGGAUGUUGUGCGGAAGGAGGCAGAGAGCUGCGACUGCCUGCAGGGCUUUCAGCUGACCCACUCUCUGGGUGGAGGCACGGGCUCUGGCAUGGGCACCCUGCUCAUCAGCAAGAUCCGAGAAGAAUACCCUGACCGGAUCAUGAAUACCUUCAGCGUGGUGCCUUCGCCCAAAGUGUCCGACACCGUGGUCGAGCCCUACAAUGCCACCCUCUCCGUCCAUCAGCUGGUCGAGAACACCGAUGAGACCUACUGCAUUGACAACGAGGCCCUCUAUGACAUCUGCUUCCGUACCCUCAAGCUCACCACGCCCACCUACGGAGACCUGAACCACCUCGUCUCCGCCACCAUGAGCGGUGUCACCACCUGCCUCCGCUUCCCGGGCCAGCUCAAUGCUGACCUCCGAAAGUUGGCUGUCAACAUGGUGCCCUUCCCGCGUCUCCACUUCUUCAUGCCCGGCUUUGCCCCGCUCACCAGCCGUGGAAGCCAGCAGUACCGGGCCCUCACUGUGCCUGAACUUACCCAGCAGGUCUUCGAUGCCAAGAAUAUGAUGGCUGCCUGCGACCCCCGCCACGGCCGAUACCUCACCGUCGCGGCCGUCUUCCGCGGGCGGAUGUCCAUGAAGGAGGUGGAUGAGCAGAUGCUCAACGUGCAGAAUAAGAAUAGCAGCUACUUUGUGGAAUGGAUCCCCAACAAUGUCAAGACGGCGGUCUGUGACAUCCCACCCCGCGGCCUCAAGAUGGCGGUCACCUUCAUCGGCAACAGCACGGCCAUCCAGGAGCUGUUCAAGCGCAUCUCGGAGCAGUUCACGGCCAUGUUCCGGCGCAAGGCCUUCCUCCACUGGUACACGGGCGAGGGCAUGGACGAGAUGGAGUUCACCGAAGCCGAGAGCAACAUGAACGACCUCGUCUCCGAGUACCAGCAGUACCAGGAUGCCACUGCAGAAGAGGAGGAGGAUUUCGGGGAGGAGGCAGAAGAAGAGGCCUAAGGCAGAGAGCCCCGCAUCACCUCAGGCUGCUUAGUUCCCUCAGCUUUCUUCAGCUGCCCAUUUUUCUCCUUCAGAGUUUUCUUUCUGCUGCCUCUGUCCUGUUUUUUUUUUCGUUUUUUUCACUGGGGCGGGGGGAAGUGAACGGUGCCUGGCACACAGUAGGCGCUCAAUAAAUAUUUGUUUGUG